CGGAUUUUUGCAGUCCAAGCCGAUAAAUCUCUCCAAGGAUGGGGUGCCCCCUUGGCGCUAGUCCGCGCCAUCCAGAUCCUCCGGCGUCUGUCCUUUCUCUCGAGUCCUGCUCCUCACUUACAACAACUCGCUUCGCGCAAAGGACACCUCCUCCUCCUCCUCCUCCCGCUGCUGCUGCUGCGUGAGAGGGGGGCGUCUCUCUGUAAAUGGCCAGGCUGCUCGGAGGGAGGGAGGCUCCGUCCCGCCCGCUGGGAGGUGGGGACACGGAGGUUGCCCCAUGGAGAGAUUCUUGCUGUGUUGGGAGCCUGGACAGGGCGUGCCGUCGGAAGGUGUUCGCUGGCUACUGAAAACAGCCUUAGGCGAGGGAGAAGAAAGGAUAAAAGAUCGCCUCCCGUAGAGAUCUGGAAGCCGCCGCCGCCGCCGCCUGACCUUCGCUUCUCUCUCUAGGGACCGUUUGGUGCUGCUGCAGGAGCAGCAGCGUGUGGCGGUGGGAAGUGUGCCUCAAGGACCUCAAUGUCAUUAGCGGUCCACGUGCACAGCUGAUGUCGAGGGCCCAGCUCUGAAGCCCGGGGACGGCCAGCAGGAGGACAAGGGGAAAGAGGCCGAGGAAAGUGAUGACAAGUUAAGAAAGCCUUGAGUUGGAGCCCUCUUCCUUCCUCUUCCCCCCUGCCCCAAGCCCGAAGGCAGCAGCAGAGUCCCGCAGCAGGUGCAGAGGAACAAGACGGAGAGGAAGCAGAGGGAGGCGGCAGCCGCAGCGGGUUUGAAAAAAAGAAAGAAAAGAAAGAAAGAACGAACACACCCACACACCCACACACCCACACCACAAAACCCAGAAGAAAAGCCCCUUUAAUUUUAAGAGGACGGGGUGGAAAUAUCGCUGCGGGAGGGAGGAAGAAACGAAACGAAACAAAACAGCGGGGGGAGGAAGAAAUUCUAGCUCGAGAGAGAAAGCCAAGGGAGCAAUUCCUGAAGCGAGCUAUGAAGUCUUACAUUCCAGUUUUCAUUCUUCUGUGGAGUGCUGUUGGAAUUUCAAGGGCUGCCAAAAUUGUUGUUGUGCCGCCAGUUAUGUUUGAAAGCCAUCUCUAUAUUUUCAAGACUCUGGCCUCAGCCUUGCAUGAACAAGGCCACCAGACAGUUUUCCUCCUGUCUGAGGGUAGAGAAAUCCCUCCAUCUAAUCAUUAUAGACUGCAGCGUUACCCAGGGAUCUUUAAUACUACCACCUCAGAUGAAUUUCUUCAAUCCAAAAUGAGGAAUAUUUUUUCUGGGAGACUAACAGCUCUGGAACUUCUUGACAUUGUAGAUCACUAUUCCAAGAACUGUGACAUGAUUGUGGGCAACAAGAAACUUCUGCACGCCCUGAAACAGGAAAAAUUUGACCUACUGCUUGUGGAUCCUAAUGAGAUGUGUGGAUUUGUUAUUGCUCAUCUUUUAGGGAUUAAAUAUGCUGUUUUUUCCACUGGCCUUUGGUAUCCAGCAGAAGUAGGUGCUCCAGCACCUUUAGCUUAUGUUCCAGAAUUUAAUUCGCUUCUCACAGAUCAUAUGAACUUGCUAGAAAGGAUUAGGAACACUGUUGUUUAUUUGGUUUCAAGACUAGGAGUCAACUUUGUGGUUCUGCCAAAAUACGAAAGGAUAAUGCAGAAGUACAGUGUACAGCCAGAACGGUCCAUGCACGAAUUGGUUCAUGAAUCCAGUCUGUGGAUGCUGUGUACGGAUGUAGCACUAGAAUUUCCAAGACCUACACUACCAAAUGUUGUUUAUGUGGGAGGAAUCCUUACCAAACCAGCCAGUCCUCUACCAGAAGAUCUCCAAACAUGGGUGGACGGUGCUAAUGAAAAUGGCUUUGUCCUUGUGUCAUUUGGAGCAGGAGUGAAAUAUUUGUCAGAAGAUAUAGCAAAGAAACUAGCACAUGCUCUGGCAAGACUUCCUCAAAGGGUUAUUUGGCGGUUUUCAGGAAACAAACCAAGGAACUUAGGUAACAAUACAAAACUUAUUGAAUGGUUACCACAAAAUGACUUGCUAGGUCACUCUAAUAUUAAGGCCUUCCUUAGUCAUGGUGGUCUGAACAGCAUUUUUGAAACCAUGUACCAUGGUGUGCCAGUGGUGGGAAUGCCUCUUUUUGGAGAUCAUUAUGAUACUAUGACCAGAGUGCAGGCCAAAGGCAUGGGGAUAUUACUAAACUGGAAGACCACUACUGAGGAUGAAUUAUAUGAUGCACUGGUGAAAGUUAUUAACGAUCCCAGUUACAGACAACGGGCCCAGAAGCUGUCUGAAAUUCAUAAAGACCAGCCCGGUCACCCAGUUGAUCGAACAGUCUACUGGAUUAAUUACAUCCUUCGUCACAAUGGAGCACAGCAUCUACGUGCUGCGGUUUACACCAUCUCUUUAUAUCAGUAUUUCUUAUUGGAUAUUGUCAUUAUUGUACUGCUUGGUACUAUCUCACUUUGCUACAUUUUGGCCAGGAUAGCAAAAUUUGUCUGCAAGCAAAGCAAACAUAUUAGGUCCACUGAUGAACAUACUACCAUUAAUGGACAUUACCAAAAUGGGAUACCAAAUGGCAAGUAUAGAAGAAAUGGCCACAUUAAACACGAAAAAAAGGUGAAAUGAGCCAACAACCUAAUGUACAUUAGCAGUGAAUCAGUUCUCUAAUUGAAUUUGAUAGCUGUAACUUAGUCUAACACUACUUAAAGUAAAACCUCAAUAAACAGUUCUAACACUCCCCUACAAUAUGUAAUCUUAUGCGAUUAAAUUCUACAGAACUAAGAAAAAUCUUUAGAAAAAUGAAGCACAACCUAAAAUGCAAAAUGUAUUUUAUUCUUAAUACUGAUGCAGGAAGGUUAUUCUGGCACUGAAGUUUUUUUUAGAAGCCUUAAUUCUCUGAAAUAAUUCAAUAAGUAUAUUUAUGAAUUUUCUGUUUGUGAAUCUAAAUAUGUGUAUCACAGAUAAGAAAAGGUUUCCCUUUAUUUGCAAAGGUUCUUCCUUUUUCAUACAUUUUUUUCAUAUUUUAGAGAAGAACCUUUGUUUUAUUUAACUAGGGUUCAGUAUGUUAUCUGAGAAUGAUGUUAAUUAAAGUUAUCUUUUCUGGUGUCUGAUACACAGCAGUAAACAAACUGCAGAAUCAUAAUUCAGCCAUAAAAAUCAUAUUCUUAAAAGGCACUGAAGAAUAUGAGAACAAUAUACCAUACUUUUGAUAUAUUACUUAACUCUUCCUUUCUCUUCCAUUUCUUUAGAGACAAGGAACUUGCACAAGAGUACAGAAAGCUGUAAUUUUAUAUUUAUGUAUAUUUUAGUUUCAUUCCUUGCCUUACCCUAUAUCCAUAAUUUAUGCCAUUCGAAGGGUGUCUUAUUCCAAUAAUUAAAAGGGCUGUGUGGAUAGACUAGAUAUUUAAGAAAAAUAAAUGAAGCAGAAAAGAAAGAAAGAAAUGCCCCAGGUUCUUCGGAAAAAGUUUUGCCAUGUCCCUUAAGCGCAAUGUAGAAUCAAACCACUUGGGGGUUUCUUUUAAAGUUGAAUGCCUUUCCUAUUAAUUAUUACAUGAUUGCUAUUAUAAUUUUUUCUAAGUCACAAUGGCUCAGAGGUUCACUUCAGUAGUUCUAUUUGUGUUCCUUAUGCUGAUCUGGGCCACACAAUCCAUGUUACAUAGUUGCCAACAUCAAUUCUCUGAAUUAAAUGGAGGCUUCCUUUGGUCACUUACCACAGUCUUUAUAGAGGUUUGAUAUCAUGAAUGACAUUAAACCUAGAAUAAUAUUUAGAAAGUUUUCCUCUGCCCAUAUGCACAGCAGCCCUUUCUGCAUAACACUUUUUCAAUCACUGUAGCCAAUACAAGACGUUUCUGGUUUUAAACAGAGAAUUUAAACACAGGGCAUUGAACAUAAAAUCAGGACUGUCCUGUUGAACUAACGUUGGCAACUACGAGUUUCUUAAUUUCCAUGUCAUUCUGUUUACUUGGAAUUUGCACUACACAUGUUGUGAGUGUACACUUUAUUUAUUUGCAGUUUGAAAUCUUAUGCCUGACAGAGAUAGGAAAAAAGACCAUUUACUGAGUGGCAUUCACUAACGUGAAAAGAGUUCUGCAAACCUAGAGAAUGCUAAGAUCACCUUCGUACACAAUGACAUGAUAUUUCAUUAUCAUCCCAUCAGGAGCCUCUAUCUUAUAGCAAUAAAGUAGCAUUGCAAAUAUGUUUCUAAUAUUCAGUACAGGCAAUUGUACUGCUUUCCAGAUACUUGAAGAAAAUGGUAUUAUCAAUAAGCCUGUUAGCUUUAUCUUUUUACAAUCCUUUCAUUAUGUGGCAACUAAAGGAACACAAAGAGGCAAUGAGUGGUGGGAGAAUGACAGGACCUAGAGUGUAUGAAUAAGUUGGUUUUAAUGUUUUUCGUAUUGAAGAAGGUACACAAGCACUGACCGGAUGAUUAAGAUUAAUUUAAUCUCCACUGUGAUAAAACCUAAGCAAUAAACAUGGAUUUAAUAUAGAAACAA